AUGGAUCUCAAAAUUCUCGUUGUGUUCGUUCUUUUUCUGAAUCUCAUAUCAAAAUCGUUCCAAAACCCUAACCCUAAUCCCAAAAUCCCCAAAUCGGUUCCAUCACCGGCACACCUUGAACUCGCUAGUUAUGGUUUCCCCGUUGGUCUUCUUCCCGAAACCACCGUGUUAUCCCACGUCAUCAACCAAACUACCGGCGACUUCUCCGUCAAGCUCGGUGGCGCGUGUAAAAUCACGCUUCCUCCCGAUAACUAUGUUGCUACCUAUUCCGAUACCAUUACCGGGAAAAUUGUGAAAGGUAAGAUCGCUGAGCUUGAUGGAAUUAGGGUUCGUGCUUUCUUUAAGUGGUGGUCUAUCACCGGAAUUCGCUCUUCCGGUGACGAUAUUGUUUUCGAGGUUGGUGUGGUCACCGCAAAGUAUGCUUCGAAGAAUUUUGAAGAUAGCCUGGCUUGCGAGGGUCAGCAUUCUUCUUCAUGA